UUCAAAUCUUUGAAGGAGAAAACAAUACCAAGCCUGAUGGCCGAACCAAACCAUAAUAUGGAUGAUAUAGAACGUCUGAUGUACUUGGAGGCGCGUGUGCGCUACCAGGACGAAAUAAAAAAUGUUCAGCGUCAGGUGCAGCAGCAUGCACAGAAAUGGAUUGACAAAAAAAUGGAGUACGAAAAAGAGUAUGCACGUCUCAGCUCUUUGCUAAAGCAUUGCGCUACUCGUCGCGCCCUUGAUGCCAAAGGCAUCAUUGAUACAGAACAAGCGUUGAGUACUUCCUCCCACAUAGAAGCGAUAAGUAGCAAGAUCUCCACUGAGAAAUGUCCAACAAUGUUAGACGAACGGGUUUUGGAGGACUGUAAAGAGCAGUUGUUGCUGGAUCAUAGAGCCCGCACUUUGCUCACCAAAGAGCAGUGUAACUUGUCCAAGAACCGGGAGACAUUGAGGAGUGUGCAAGGUAAAUUGGAAAGCGUCGAAAAUGUUCUGGAGACUGCCACAAUGCAGGGCAUAGAACAGUUUGUUGGCGAGUUCCAGCCGCCAGCAACUCCGGACCACGAUCAGGCUUAAGGAGAAAUUAUGGAUCUUUGUUCCCUAUCGCAUAUUUAUUGUUACAGAAUAUUUUUUAACAUUAUUAAAUGGCUUAUAAUUAAACUAAAAUAUAUGU